AUGAGCGACGAUGACGAUUUUAUGCUCGAAGACGACGACCAGGAAUACGACUUUGAGUACGAAGACGACGAUGACGAAGAACCCGAUGCCGAUCUCGAAAACAGAUAUUACAACGCCAAAGCUCGAAAGGAGGAUGAUCCCGAGGGUGCUAUUACAGAAUUCCAGGGCGUGGUGGAUGCCGAGGAGGAGAAGGGCGACUGGGGAUUCAAAUCAUUAAAACAGAUGGCCAAGAUCUCCUUCCAUUUGCAUAAACACCAAGAUACCCUACGUUAUUACAAGCAACUCUUGACAUACACCAAAUCAGCUGUGACUCGAAACUACAGCGAGAAGAGUAUCAACAACAUUCUCGACUAUGUCUCAACGGCAGACGAUAUGGCAUUUGUGGAGCAAUUCUAUCAAGUAUCACUUGAAGCAUUAUCCGAAAUGAAGAACGAGCGUUUAUGGGUCAAGACAAACCUGAAACUUGCCAAGCUAUGGUUGGAUCGAAAGGAGUACGGAAGAUUGACCAAGAUCUUACGGGAAUUACGCGCUGCAUGUGAAACUGAGGAUGGCACCGAUCAUCAGCGUAAAGGUACUCAUCUUCUUGAAGUGCUGGCUUUGGAGAUUCAAAUGUAUACCGAGACCAAGAACAACAAAAAGCUCAAGGAACUCUAUCAUCAAUGCAUGGGUGUCAAAUCUGCCAUACCCCAUCCUCGUAUCAUGGGUGUCAUUCGUGAGUGUGGUGGAAAGAUGCAUAUGCGGGAAAAGGAAUGGGAUAAUGCGCAAACGGACUUUUUCGAAUCAUUCAAAAACUACGAUGAAGCUGGCAGCCCUCAACGUAUCCAGGUGUUGAAGUACCUCGUCCUUGCUAACAUGCUGACGGAUUCCCAAAUCAAUCCAUUCGACUCGCAGGAGACAAAGCCGUACAAGAAUGAUAGGGAAAUUGUUGCCAUGACCAAUCUUGUGAGCGCUUACCAACGUAAGGACAUUGGCGAAUUUGAACGUAUUCUUAAAGUCAAUCGCCAGAGCAUCAUGGGUGAUUCGUUUAUCCGGGACUACAUCGAUGAUGUGCUCAGGAACAUUCGAACUUUGGUCCUCGUGAAGCUCAUCAAGCCAUACACACGUGUCGAGUUAUCGUUUAUUGCAAAGCGUCUUAACAUUACCGUUGAAGAAGUGGAAGAGUUAGCUGUUGGUCUCAUUCUGGACAAAAAGAUUUCCGGCCAGAUCGAUCAGGUCAAUCAACGACUUGAACUUGAACAAAGAUCAACUGAUGCCAUGCGAUACGAAGCUAUGGACCAAUGGUCAUCCAAUGUAUCCCGAUUAUGUACCACUGUCAUUAGCAAAGCAACGUGA